GAAAAACAAAAGAAAGGGAGAAACGUUACAUUUGUUCUCUCUGGUCACAGAUUCAUCAUAAACAUUAUCAACCUGAAACCAAAAACUCAAAAAGGUGUAAUUUUUAUCUCUCUCUCUUUGCCCUUUCGAAACCCCAAAUUCCACCAUUGAAGACUACAGUAUCGACGACGACGACAACAAUGGAGAUUUUCUACUUCUUACUCUUUGGGGUUUUGGCACUGGUGGUGGUGACCUUAGAGCUCACAAAAACAAGCAAAGAUCGACUCAGUACAUCCCCUGCUUUCAAUGCCUUCAAGAAUAAUUACAUCCUCGUUUACUCUAUUAUGAUGGCCGGGGAUUGGUUGCAGGGUCCAUAUGUUUACUAUCUUUAUAGCCAAUAUGGAUUUGGAAAGGGAGAGAUUGGUCAGCUUUUUAUAGCUGGGUUCGGAUCGUCUAUGAUUUUCGGGACAAUUGUUGGAUCUCUUGCUGACAAACAGGGCCGGAAGAGGGCGUGUAUUACUUACUGCAUUAGUUAUAUUUUAAGUUGUGUCACCAAACAUUCUUCGGACUACAAAGUUUUAAUGCUGGGACGGGUUUUGGGAGGCAUUUCAACUUCUUUACUCUGCUCGGCUUUUGAAUCUUGGCUUGUUGCUGAACACAACAAGAGAGGCUUUGAUCAGAAAUGGCUUUCAAUAACAUUUUCAAAAGCAAUAUUUGUUGGUAACGGUCUGGUUGCCAUUGUAUCUGGGCUGUUCGGGAAUCUUCUAGUACAUACACUUGAAUUUGGUCCUGUAGCACCAUUUGAUGCUGCUGGAUGUUUUCUUGCAAUUGGGAUGGGCAUUAUAAUGUAUUCAUGGACUGAAAAUUAUGGAGAUCCAUCAGAAAAUAAGAGCCUUUUUGCCCAAUUUAAGGGUGCUGCUGUGGUUAUCGCUUCUGAUGAGAAAAUUGCGUUGCUUGGUGCUAUUCAGUCCCUAUUUGAGGGUUCUAUGUAUAUAGUUGUGUUUCUUUGGACCCCUGCUUUGAGUCCAAACGAUGAGGAAAUUCCGCAUGGAUUCAUUUUUGCAACAUUCAUGCUGGCCUCAAUGCUUGGUAGCUCUAUUGCAUCUCGAUUGAUGGCUCGUUCAUCUUUCAAAGUUGAAAGCUACAUGGAGAUUGUGUUUGUAAUCUCUGCAGCAUCCCUCCUACUUCCGAUCGUAACAAAUUAUGUGGUUGUGCUUUCCAGUUUCAAAGGUGGAAGUCUCCCACUUUCGGGUUGUAUUCAACUCAUCGGCUUUUGCACAUUCGAGGCCUGUGUUGGAGUGUUUUGGCCUUCUGUCAUGAAAAUGAGGUCCCAAUACAUUCCCGAAGAGGCUAGAAGCACGAUUAUGAACUUCUUCCGCAUUCCUCUCAACAUCUUUGUGUGCAUUGUUCUGUACAAUGUUGAUGCUGUUCCCAUCACUAUAAUGCUCGGCAUGUGCUCCAUUUUCCUUGCUAUAGCAGCUGUGCUGCAAAGGCGGCUCAUGAUGAUCGGAGAGAGUCACAGAUCAAAAACCGAAGAAUGGACAGCAAUAGACAAGAACAAAGAAGAAGAGCCAUUAAAUGCCUAAACACUCCCCAAGAAAGAAAGACCUGUAAUUUUUUAAGCCUAAACUCAGCCACUCAGCCCAAGUCUCACUAUCAAUUGCCCUGGCUAUCUAUUCUUUUUUCGGCUAUUUAACCAUUGUGGAUUGGUACAAGCUUCAUAGGAAUAGAGAGAAUUUUGUGGGGAGUCGAUCGUUGGCCAAUAACAUUAACAAAUUAUAUCAAUAGUUACAACAUUUAGAUAGUAUCAGCUGGUGUCGGGUAAAACUUCUCGCUUAUGUUGUUGAGUCUUGACUGACAUUAGCGUAUUUGUUUAAGCGAAAGCCGUUAUACAAAUGGUGUUCUUUUGGUCUUUGUGUCAUUGUUUAAUUCUUAUUCUUUUCUUUCCCAACAAUACAGAUAUUUUGACCCUUUCUAUACACAAAAUCUUCUUUACUCUAUAAGCUGAGCCAACCCCGUCACCCUGUCUCGAAAUCUUUUUAUCAUCGUCGUCAUGAGUUUGAAGAAACUGAGCAACAAAAGUUGCAGCAGCUCAGCUCAUGAUAUGCUGAAAUUUGCAAUUAGUUAUUCUGGUUUUUUUAGGGAAUUUGGCAUUUUUAAGUGAUAAUUAAGACUAUUUUUUUACAUGAGCAAAGUUAUGAAAGUCUGGAUUAUCUGUGUAGUUAAAUUAUAGCAAAAUUUGAUAGCCCUGAUGAGGCCAUUUCAAUUGAUUAAUGUCAAUUUUGACUGA